AUGCGCGGCAUCAAGAUCGUGCUACUGAGGCUGUUAGCGUGCUAUCUUGCAGCAGGCCAAGGUGAUGAUGAUCAGCCCCUGACACCGAGGGAGAUCUUCUUCGCUUUGCCACCUGCCAUCCUCGUCCGGACGUUGGUUUCGAACCUGGAUGCGUCGCGAUGGAGCAUCUACGAGCGAUUCACGCUGGAGGUUAUUGGCGAACGCUUGAAGAGCGGCCUGGCUGGUGGUCGUCCACUCAUCGUCGAGGGUGAGGCGUGCGAUUCAUCGAUGACGUUGACCGGAGCAUUAGAAGGCUUCAUCCCAUCGGUAGACACUUUCACGGCCCCCGAAGAAGAACUGACGGAGCUGUCGGAGGUUUGGCGCUUCCCGGGCUUGCGGCUCGCGACAGGAGGUGUCUUCAGUGCUUGCUGGUGCCGGCCGGAAGGCCAGCGGCGGCCGGACCAGACGGAGACGCCUGCGAUGCGUGUCUGCGAGCCUGCUGUAGGCGGGCCUCUUCAUGUGGUCGGCCCUCUCGAACUUGUUGGCAAAGACGAUAGCCCGCCUGAGCAGGAUCCGGAAAGUUCUCGAGCGCCUUACGUACUCGAUCGAUUUCUUCUGAAUGUUCUGGGCUACUCCCUCGAGGUCGACUACGAUCGCAUUCGUGUGGUGGAUGAAGACGUAAUGUGCGGCGGUCCGGGCUCCUCGGUGUCGAGUCAGGCCUUCCUGGGCCCGGGUGUCGGCGCGACAGCGGCAUCUGUGAAGCCAGGGAUCCAAGUGAUUGCAUCGUUGGGGCAGCCAAGCACCGUGGGCCAGCUCGAGGUCCAGGAUGCACAAGGCUAUCAUCCUGAACUCAGAGCGCCCUUAGAAGAAGGGGUGGACCCCACCGGUGAGAACGCUUCAUUGAUCUGGUCGGAUCUGGCAGCCACGACUGCGGGCACGUACCGGGUCUGCUGGUGUUCUGCUCUGAGGACGAACAAUGCAGGGGAGAAUCCGGUUGACCUGACCGACUUGUUUCCCUACCCGCCUGAAGAGGUUAACCUGACGAAUGCGACCAAUGACUCGAAUUUCACCGGAUGGGAUUACGAGUUUUCUUGGGAGGACUACGGCUUGGUUUUUCAGCGGCAGCUGGCGGCGGCUGGAGCUGACAUGGCAGGCGGCAACCGAACCAACGAGACCAAUCUGACGGAAAGCGACGGCGAUGAUAUGGAUGACAACGACAGCAACUACAGCAAUGAAAGCAGUCUGCCCAUGGACGGCCCCGACAAUCAGAUGCCGAUGACGAUGAUGGAAGACAUGCCGGAGAAUGUUUCAGCACCUCUCUGCAGCUCCGAUGCAAUGUUCAACCUCGACCUGGGCAACUUCUCCAUCGCCGGACCCACGGCUCUGGAGGUCAUUGGAGGCGAGGGUUUUGAUCGGCGAAAAGUUCAGGUUGGGACGAACUUCUCCCUGAAAGUGCUCGGCUUUGGCCUGGGCGAUGGCCUCUCGCAAAGACUUCGGUUAGUGCUGGCACCCCUCAGGUGCGGUCAAGAGGGGACCUACAAUGGCACUGAGCAUCUGCUGGGCCAGCUUGCCGAGGACCCGGACGCACCUGGCACUGGCGAAGACCCCAACUUCGCCCAGACGUGGGGCCCUCUGAUUCUCUCCCGGAGUGGUCAGUACUAUGUCUGCCUUUGCUCGGGCAGAGGACGGACCUGUUCCAGCGACAUCGAUUUUCAGGUGGAGAUCGGCAGUGUUUUUGCUUUCUGGCCGGAUCUGCGCCUGGAAAGAUCUGGCGGCUUUGAGCUGAGAGUUGUGCCGCACGUGGUCUUCUCACUGGAUUUGAUCGGGGCUCAGCUCUCGGAGGAGGACCGCGUCCGCAUUGUGGACUUCGAUGUGGAAUGUGGGCACCCGGGGUCGGAACACCACACGGAGGCGCUGCGUGGGCCUUUGGCAGACUCUCCGAGCACGCCUGGAAUCGUAGGCAAUUUGCCAGAUGGCCAAACCAAGCUGACCUGGCCAGAGCUGCGAGUGGUCUCGGGUGGCAUCUUCCGUGUGUGCUGGUGCCCUGGGGCCCAGCAGGGCGGCGCGGAGCCCAGCGACUGCCAGACGUUUGCGGACUUUUACGCUGAGUUCGGGACCUUUGCCAGCCUUCGCAUUCGUGAUGGCUGGUCCAGUGCAUGCCCUCGAGCCGAAGAGCCGAUUCUUAUUCAUGUGGCUGCAAUUGGGCUCAGGCCAGAGGUGGAUCGCAUCCUGUUGCUCAAGGCAUCCGAAGUUUGUGGAGAGGGCAUUCCUGACGUUUUAGCUCCGGGUGGAGUCGUGAGCUCGGAGUCCGGGUUCGGUGCCCUCCAGUGCAAGCAGGAUCCGAACGCCGGCGCAGAGGACCUGGAGCGGAAGAUGGUGUGUGGAGGUGUCGACUCAUUGGGUGCCGUGCGUACCUACACCCUGGGAAUCUACCAGAUCUGCGUUUGUGGAGCGCUUCCCGCCUAUGAUUGCUCGCAUCCAUCGCACUACUGGACUCCCGCUGGCAAAGCCUUCCAGGUGUUGAUGAGGUCCGACGCACCGGGGGCUGCGGAGAGUGUGCCUCCAGUGUCGCUCCUCACUGUGUCGAAGAGUCCUGUGGUAGCUGCCGCCUACGCUUCGCAGCCACUCGGCUCCGAGCGCCGGGUUGCUGCUGGAUACGAGGAUGGAGUGGUGCGCAUAUGGAAGCCAGCCGUCCCGGAGAUUGCCGCAACGCUGAUCGGCCACCUCGACCAUGUGCAGGCAGUGGCUUGGGCACCCGAUGGCAGUUGGCUGGCAUCAGCAGGCCUCGAUGGCAGCUUGCGGCUCUGGGGCGACGCUGCGGGCCUCGGCCCGCAUGGCCUGGGCGUGCCGCCGCACGUUUGCCCCAACUGGGGUCCUGUGUGGCACAGGCCAGGUGGCAACAUGCCUGAUUUUGAUUGGCAGAACGUCAUCCUGGGCCAUGUGCUGAGUAUGAAUCCCCUCAACAUCACGCAGGAGCCUUUCGUGAACUUUGCAGAAGCUCUCUCCCAUGAAGAUCUUGCAGACAUAGGUCACCUCACCUUGAAACGAGCCGCGAUGCAGUGUGAGAAGGCCUGCAGCAACUUCCGGGAGAUGGCAGCCGACUUCUGUGAGUGCGGGCCGAGCUUGGAAUGCCACAUUCUCGGGACCUGCUUGCCCAAAUGUGGCUUGGAGGCACAUGUCUGGCCGGUGGCGCACAAGCAGGGCCUCACCGCCGUUGUCGUGUCGCCAGAUGCCGCCGUGAUUGCAACGGCAUCGUAUGAUGCCGAUGUGCACAUCUGGGAUGCGAGGACACGCGUGCCGGAAGCUGUCUCAACCGUCUCAGUGCACAGUGGCGCUGUGCUUUCUUUGGCCUUCUCAGUGGGAACAGGCUCGGGUAUCAUGCUGGCAACCGGUGGCGACGACGAUCUCAUCACGUGGUUUGCCCUAGCGGACCUGCUGGCUGCAGGCCGGACGAGCAGCGCGAUGCCGAUUCACACCUUCCGCGAGGAGCAAGGAAUCGGCAAGAACAUGGCUGUGCUCGCAGUCGCUUUCUCGCUGGAUGGGAAUUGGUUCGCCGCAGCUGGUCGUGGAGGAGCCGGGGCCUUGUGGGACGUCCAACAGAUGACGAAGGUUCGCAUCUUGGAGCCAGCCCUUGAGACGGUCAGCAAUGCCCAGAUGGCUGCGGUAGCCGGCCUUGCGUUUGCACAGGACGGACAGUGGCUCGCCAUCAGGGGCCCGGGAUCGGUCAAGAUGCUCCCCAUGGCCAACGUGCACCAGGGCCUGCCCGUCCCCAGCCCUGAGUGGGUCACCUUCGAUGGGCAGGAUUUAGGCCGGGCUGUCCUCACCUGGUCGUCGAUGCCGCGGCCCGAAGGCAAUCUGCCGCAGCAGCACAUCGUGCGGCAUGACAAUGGAACCGUCCUGGCGCUGCAGUUCGCACCAUGCAACGUCACUGCCGGAUGCGAUGCGCGUCUGCCGGCCAUCCGGGUGGACAUCCAAGUUCCCUACGAGUUUAUUGGAGUUCGCGGCUACUUCCUGGAGCACAGCUUGAACGCGGACGACUUGGCAGAUGAUUGCCGCGGCGGUGCGGCACAGUCGCAAUGGGAUGAGGAAAAUCCUGCGAGGACCUACUUUGCUCAGCUUGGCUUCGGCAUGUCUGCUGAAGGCCUAGACUGCGAGCGAGUGGGGCCGUCCGAGGGGGAAGGAGGACGUGACAGCUUGGAGGCUUGCAAGCAGGCUUGCAGGGAGAAUCACUUCUGCAACCUCAUCAACUAUCGCGAAAGUGCUCGGAACUGUGAUCUCCGCUACUGCUUGAAUGCAUCAUCGCCCAUCCUGGGAAACAAUCCCGAUGUGAAUGCACAUGCACUCAUCGAGUUCGAUGAUACGGAUGAGCUGCUGGACCCCACGCACGACGGAUAUGUCAUGUUCGGAGCACCAGAUGCCGUCGGAGUGGGUGGCAUUGCCUAUGGUGGGUGUGCGGCUGGGCGCGACGUCCCCACAACAGGCUCGUGGAUCACCGUCCCGGAAACUCAUGUAUCCAGGACUCGAACGCUCCGAUGGCAAGUGGCACAGAGCCGGAGCCGGGAGAUCAUGGCGAUUAGUGAGAUCUUCCUCGAGUUGUUGCAGCCGGCGGAGGAAGCUCACACAAUCGUGGACCCAGCAGCAUCGAAGGCAGUGGCCCUUGCUCCUGACCGCCUCGAGCUCGUCGCAUCGAGCGCAGCAUACAAUGGUGCCCUUGCAGUCUGGGACACACGAGGCUUUGACAUCCCUUCAGGUCGGCAAGAGGAGUACAAGCUCAGAUCAGUCUUCGGAUUCACGAUCAAUGCGCCAUUCCUACAGGACGAAGAUCGCAUGAAGAUUGUGGAGAGUGACGAGGUAGCAGCCUGCGGUGAUGCCUACAGCUCCGUGGCUACGCUGAAGGUUCAAGGUCCAACUCACGGCCAACGGGAGUCUGGCACCAGCAGUUCUUCGACCUGGACAGGUUUCGCAGCAAUGCAACCUGGAUCCUACCGUGCAUGCUUUUGUGGCGGAUUCGGUGAAUGCUGCAAUGUGGAUGGUGCCUUCGCGACCGAGCUUCUAAGAUUUGUCGUGGCUGGUGCUGAGAGCGACCAUUACGCAGUUUGCGAGGUGUCUCUACUGAGCUGGCCCCUUUCAGAGAUCAAGACCUGCAUCAUCGAAGGCUUCCGAGGCGUGGGUCUUCAGGCAGGGGACAUGGUCAUGCUCCAAACCGGGGAGUUCUGCGGCCUGGCUGGUCCUAUUCCGGGUCUACCAAACAAUGGAGUCCUGACAAGCCGAUCGCCCGACGCUAGAGAUCUGGCUGGUGUACAUCAAGGUGGCACCUGGUACCGAUUUGAGACGGAGGACUUGCCGGACAAUCCUGGCAUUUUCGACCCCGCACCGGUGAUGCCGACGGAGGGCAUGAUAGCAAAGUUGUGCUGGUGCAGCAGGCUUUCCAAUUGCGAUCCCAACAGACCCGCGGAAUUCACGAUCUUUGCUGGGUUUGUGACCCUUGUGCGCCUGGAGGCUGACCUUGAAGUGACCUGCUUCAUGAAGGGCCCCUGCGACCUGGUCGUGGACCUUCCCACCACGAAGCCGCUCGCUGCUGGUGAUCUGGUCGUGGUGAAGACUGGAGCCAAGCCUGAGAUGCGGCUGCGCGGGUGCACGGGAGAGAUAGUGACAGGCAUCGGUCCGCUGUUGGAUGGCUACUCUGCCAGACUGACGGCAGCCGGCGACACGGGUACCUUCAGUCUCGGCUUUGUCGACGAAGCUGGUCCUGGAGACUACCGCCUUUGCUGGUGUCAGGGCAGUCGCCGGCCAUGCUCUACACCAGAGGACUUCAAUUUCGAUGUUGGCAAGCUGAACAUAGCUGCUGCGCAGUACGUCUGGCCGCUCUGCACCUUCGAGGAGACAGUCUUCAGAAGCUGGCGGGACUGGCAGACCUUCGACGACUGCUGCUGCAACUACGAUGAAGCGGGUGCCGUUGGCUGCAAGGACGAAGCCUCUUACACCUACCAACUUUGUUCAGCCUAUCCGCUCCGAUGA